AUGAGUGUCUUAAACGACUUAUUUCAACAAAUACUUCAUUCAGAAGAGCGUGUCCGUGAACGUUUUUCAAGAAUUCGCUCUGUAAACAAAGAUAUUCAGCUCGUUCAAACGCAGAUUCAAGAUGGAAAAAGUGAACUCAAAUCUCUUCAAGGAAGUCUUGUUAUCAAAAAUCAGCGUUUGGCAGAAGAAGAAGAGAAACUGAGGUCGCUGCAAAUCCGAAAAAUUAUACUAGAUGACCUGAGAGCCGAACUAAACAAAAGCAACAAUGAACAUCAGUUACAGCUUGAGAGGUUAAACAUUGUCACGGAAAGUGAAAGAUGCAAAUUUAUAAAUGCUGUAAAAGAGUUUAUGGUUUGUCAUGAUCUUUCUGGUAACGGAUCAAAGAAAAGAGAAGAGUUGRCAAAAACUAAGAUUGACCAACUAAAUCAAUUGGAACUCGAACUCAAAAAGGGUAAGGAAGCUUGUGCUGCAUACAAAGAAUGCAGACAGAAGACUCAAUCUCUAGAGCAAGGAAAAGAAAUCAUGUCAAAAAAACCUCAACAUGAUCAAGAGUUUCAAAGAUUAAGUGCAGAGCUGGAGGCAGCCAAAGAUGGUAGCAUGGAAGGUAUAUGUGAGGCUCUGAAACAGGAGCUAAAAGAGCUUCAACAAAUCUAUUUGAAAAAGCAACURCAAAAGCAGAAACRCUUACAGCAAAAWCAGCAUGRCAAGGUACAGUAA